UAUUUUGACAUUGCCAAACAUAGACCAUAUCAUAAAAUAAUUUUGGCUUAAUAGUCGCAGUAUAUAACCCUCACCUUCCGAAAUACCCAACCCUGUGCAGAUCGAACUGCGCUGCCACCAAAAUAUUAAACACCACUUUUCCUUUUUUAUUUCAUUCUCCUACUUGCAGCACUGUUCUCCGCACUUCCGCCACUGCAUUGUUCGCGGCUCGGCGGUGGUUUAUCAAAAACCAAAAAAACCAAAAAAGUAUUCAAAUUAUCUUUCCCCGUAGAACGAUUCUCUACCGAUACUUAGGGUUUUCAAUUUGGUAACUUAUAUUCAAUCUUCCAGAAAAACUAACCACCGAUGGCGCAAGUUCACGAGAGUUCCAACAAUGACGCUGCUGCUCCGGUUCCGAAUCAUCUCACAACGACGUCGUUGUAUGUCGGAGAUCUCGAUCAUGACGUCAAUGAUUCGCAGAUUUACGAUCUUUUCAAUCAGAUCGGUCAAGUUGUUUCUGUUCGGAUCUGUAGGGAUUUGGUUACUCAGCAAUCCCUAGGUUACGGUUAUGUCAAUUUCAGUAACCCUCAUGACGCUGCAAAGGCUAUGGAUGUGCUGAAUUUCACUCCACUGAACAACAAACCUAUUCGGAUAAUGUAUUCUCACCGGGAUCCUAGUGUUCGCAAGAGCGGUGCUGCCAAUAUUUUCAUCAAGAAUUUGGAUAAGGCAAUCGAUCACAAGGGUUUAUAUGAUACUUUUUCGGUUUUUGGAAGUAUUCUCUCUUGCAAGAUAGCAAUGGAUGCUUCUGGCCUGUCUAAAGGCUAUGGUUUUGUGCAAUAUGAGAAUGAAGAAUCUGCACAAAGUGCAAUUGAUAAGUUAAACGGCAUGCUGAUCAAUGAUAAGCCUGUCUAUGUUGGUCAUUUCCAACGGAAGCAGGAUAGAGAUAACACCUUGAGUACUGCAAAGUUUAAUAAUGUCUAUGUGAAAAAUCUAUCAGAGGCAAUUGCUGAUGAUGACUUGAAGAGCAUAUUUGGAGAAUAUGGAACUAUUACUAGUGCUGUAGUAAUGAGAGAUGUAGAUGGUAAAUCAAAAUGUUUUGGUUUUGUCAAUUUUGAAAAUGCAGAUGCUGCUGCUAACGCUGUGGAGGCACUUAAUGGAAAGAAAUUUGAUGACAAGGAGUGGUAUGUUGGAAAAGCCCUGAAAAAGUAUGAAAGGGAGCUUGAACUGAAAGAAAGACAUGAGCAGAGUAUAAAGGAAACUGUUGACAAAUAUUAUGGUGCCAACUUGUAUCUCAAAAACUUGGAUGAUAGUGUCAGCGAUGAAAAACUUAGCGAACUGUUCUCCGAGUUUGGUACAGUAACUUCAUGCAAGAUUCUGCGAGAUCCACAGGGAAUCAGUAGGGGAUCUGGAUUUGUUGCCUUUUCAACUCCUGAGGAAGCAACUCGAGCUCUUGCUGAGAUGAAUGGAAAAAUGGUUGCUGGCAAACCUCUCUAUGUUGCUCCUGCACAGAAAAAAGAAGAGAGAAAAGCAAGGUUACAGGCACAAUUUUCGCAAGUGAGGCCGGUUGCAAUGGCUCCUAUUGCGCCGCGAGUGCCAUUUUACCCUGCGGGAGUUCCAGGGAUGGGACAGCAAAUCAUGUAUGGCCAAGCUCCUCCAGCCUUCAUAUCUCAGGCUGGAUUUGGUUAUCCACAGCAACUGGUUCCUGGAAUGAGACCAGGUGGUGCUCCAAUGCCAAACUUCUUUGUGCCCAUGGGUCAGCAGGGUCAACAAGGUCAGCGUCCUGGCGGACGGCGAGGUGCAGGUCCUAUGCAUCAAAUCCCACAGUCCUUGCCAAUGAUGCAGCAACAGAUGCUUCCAAGGGGACGUGUCUACCGAUACCCCCCUCCAGGUCGCAACCUGCAAGGUGUUCCGCUGCCAGGAGUAACUGGAGGAACACCCAUACAGGCGCUGGCUACAGCCCUUGCAAAUGCUCCUCCUGAACAGCAGAGGACCAUGCUUGGUGAAGUUUUAUACCCCCUAGUAGAAAAGAUUGAACAUGGUGGAGCUGCAAAGGUUACUGGGAUGCUUUUGGAAAUGGACCAGCCUGAGGUGUUACAUCUGAUUGAGUCACCAGAGGCUCUCAAGACUAAAGUUGCUGAGGCCGUGGAAGUGCUGAGAAAUGUUGCACAGCAGCAAUCAAACAGCCCAGCUGAUCAACUAGCUUCUCUCUCUCUUAAUGACAAUCACGAGUCUUAGACUCUGCAUGUCACAGUUUACAGGGAUCCAUACGUUCUUUGAACGUAACAGUUUUGUGUUUCAUGCUUUUUGUAGGAUUAGCAAUAUUCCUUGGAUUUUCCUUGGAUUAGCUAGCAUAUUGAUUUGUGGUUUGUUUUGUUGCUUUUUCACCGAUUUGGUUAUUUGAUUUGACUUCUUUGACAUUGUUUCA